UAUCCUCCAUCAACGUUUACUGCCACACACCUUCCUUUAGUGUCCGAUCUCCCCUACUUUCGUCUCUCCCAUUCAAUCAUUCACUUAAUCUCAAAGACGAAGCGCUAUGUAGAUCUUCUGGAUAUUUUUUUUAUCCCUUUUCUUCCUCAUUUUCUCGCUCCCCAAACACUCUGAUCUUGAAUAAGAGAAACCAUGACUUCUGUGACCCCCAAAUUGGAGCUAAGGGAGCUCGGGAACACCGGUCUGAAGCUCAGCUGCGUGGGUUUUGGAGCUUCGCCUCUUGGCAAUGUCUUCGGUGCCGUUACCGAUGAUGAGGCCAAUGCUGCUGUACGUGAAGCCUUUCGUCGGGGAAUUAACUUCUUUGACACUUCUCCGUAUUAUGGAGGGACACUGUCAGAGAAAAUUCUAGGCAAGGCGCUAAAAGCUCUGGGUGUUCCAAGAAAUGAGUAUGUUGUAGCAACAAAGUGUGGACGAUACACAGAGGGCUUUGAUUUCAGUGCAGAUAGAGUUACUAGGAGUAUAGAAGAGAGCUUGGAAAGAUUGCAGCUAGACUACGUUGACAUACUAUACUGCCAUGAUAUUGAAUUUGGGUCUUUGGACCAGAUUGUUAAGGAAACAAUCCCUGCCCUUCAGAAAAUAAAGGAAUCUGGAAAAACUCGUUUCAUUGGAAUUACUGGGCUUCCCUUGCACAUAUAUACUUAUGUGCUUGAUCGCGUGCCACCUGGAUCAGUGGAUGUAAUAUUGUCAUAUUGCCAUUACUGUAUAAAUGAUUCAACUCUGGAAGACAUAAUACCAUAUCUAAAGAGCAAAGGUGUUGGUAUUGUCAAUGCUUCUCCUCUAGCAAUGGGGCUUCUCACUGAGAGUGGUCCUCCAGAAUGGCAUCCAGCUUCACCUGAACUCAAGUCUGCAUGUCAAGCUGCAGCCACCUACUGCAAAGAAAAGAGGAAGAGUAUUGCAAAGUUAGCCAUGCAGUAUAGCUUGUUAAAUAAAGAAAUCACAUCAGUGCUUGUUGGCAUGAAGUCUGUUAAGCAGGUGGAGGAGAAUGUUGCUGCUGCAACAGACCUUGCAGCUUCAGGGAUUGAUGAAGCAGCUUUAGCAGAGGUUGAAGCUAUUAUAAAGCCAGUGAAGAAUCAAUCAUGGCCGAGUGGAAUCCAGCAGAGCUGAUGUUCUUGCUGCUUUAGAUGGUGACCAAAUCCUGAUCCCUGCAAUGCUGAAACAUAGGAAGAUUGAGGUGCGGCUUAGGUUUCUCAAUGUUCCAGUGGAAUCCUACAAUAAUGAAUCUUUAUGGAGGCUUGGAGGCAAACUGUAGGUAAGACACUGAAACUUUGGAAGAUCUUAGAUUGACAAGUAUGUGUGAUGCCAUGUUCAAGAGGAUGACUACCAAUAACAUUACAAAAAGAACAAAGGUGUUUCUCUCCAUUAUUUUUAGUCCCAAUCAAUGUAGUUUUGUCAUUCACAGACACAGCUCAAAUAAUGUCAGUACUUUUUUGUCUUAUAACAAUAAUUAAAAAUUGUAAUUAAAUGUAUGAAAA